AUGGAUGCUUUUGAAGGAAUUCACAGCGUCCAGAUUUCCUCCUCUCCGCCGUCCUCGGCUUCGUACAGCCCAGGAUAUGAAGUCCUCAAGGUGGGGAGCUCUGGAAUAGGGGUGUACUCCUCUGCGGUCUUCUUCGGGACUCCUGAUGCCCGGGGACAGCCAGCUUCCAGACAACAGGCCGGCAGAACAACUGAGGAGGAGGAAGGCUGUGCUGUUGGACGGUUGGUAGAUCUGGAGCCAGAGUCCAGAGUGGAGGGAGGAGGCCCGGCCGGGCCCACCUCGGCCAGAGAGCAUGGCGGCCUCUCCCGGCUCCGCAGCUCCUCGCUGGAAAUCAAAGAGAAAGAAAUCAGAGAAAAGGGCUCGGAGAUCCUCAGGGAGCAGCUGGACGCUGCAGAGAGGGAACUGAAACUGAAGGACAAGGAGUGUGAGCGUCUGUCGCAGGUCAGGAAUCAGCUGGAGCAGGAGCUGGAGGAGCUGACGGCCAGUCUGUUUGAGGAAGCUCACAAGAUGGUGCACGAAGCGAACGUCAAACAAGCCGCAGCACAGAAACAACUGAAGGAGGCUCAGGGGAAGAUUGACGUUCUGCAAGCAGAGGUGACGGCGCUCAAGACCCUGGUGUUGACAUCCACACCUUCCUCGCCGAACCGCCAGCUGCAUCCACAGCUACAGGCGUCAGGAGCCAGGGGGGCGUACAAACACGGCGGCGGGCACGUCCGCAACAAGAGCAUGAGCAGUGUCUUUCCAUCCUCACCUGGAAAACUAGAAGCUUCUUCACUUUCCAUUCAGCCUGUGGCCAAAGAGGACAGAGAGCCUGCUGUUCCUGCUCUCCUCUCUCUGAUUCUCUGCCUGGUUCCUGGACAGUCUGUCAGUUUGACCUAUGACUCUUACUGGCAGGAGCGGGGAGAGGGUUUAGACACUGACAGCAGACAGAUGGACUCGGUUCUGUACGCAGAGUUUUUGAUGUGGAGGGAACGUCCGAGCUUAGACCGCUCCUCCGCCUUACUGAGUCGCAUCUACAGAGAAGACAUCGGACCCUGUCUCUCCUUCACACGAUCUGAGCUGUCGCAGCUGGUGCAGAGCGCCGUGGAGAACAACUCUCUGACCAUCGAGCCCGUGGCCAUGUCGGCGUUACCGAUGGUGAAAGCCUCCGCUGUUGAGUGUGGAGGCCCCAAUGGCUUUAGGGCAGCAAUAGAGACAAAAUGUGCAUUAAGUGGCGUUUCGCGGCUCUGUCGACAUCGCAUUAAACUGGGUGACAAGGGGAGCUACUAUUACAUCUCUCCGGCCAGCCGAGCGCGGAUCACAGCAGUUUGCAACUUUUUCACCUAUAUCCGCUACAUCCAGCAGGGCCUGGUGAGACACAAUGCGGAGCAGAUGUUCUGGGAGGUGAUGCGGCUUCGCAGAGAAAUGACUGUGGCCAAGUUAGGCUUCUACCUCACUGACCAGGGCUAGAGGACCUGAGGGGUCCACUGCAACACCGAAAAGCACAAUCCCAGGACCUGGAUUAUUCAGCUGUGACUGAGUUUAACUGUGGUAACAAAGGUCUCGGACCAGUUUUUGUUGAAGAGGUUGUACGGCACUAGCGCUCCAGCAGAGGUCAACUGACAAGGGAAGCCGAAAAUAUUCCAGUGCCACUUUUGGAUAUGCAAUAAGAAAAAUUUCAAUUGAACCAGCACAGCGAGAAAGACAUAGAAACAAUUUCAAAGAUAGCGUGACUUCAAGAUAUGUAAAAUAUUUUCCUCCGUUAUACUGCAGGCCUCCAUUAAUUCUCUCCACAAGUGAGGACAAUAUUUUUUUUUAUUGUGUGAUCUCUGAACCUCCCAGGUGGAGUAAACACUUCUGAUGUUAACACAAUAGAUUCUUUGUAUCAGGUUUCUGGCGUUAGUCUGUUUGAAAGAUGAGCACAUGACGAAAGCAGCCGAGAGGGUUUACUUGGUCUCUUACCUCAAGUGUUACAUGCUCAGAUGACUUUAUGUGGGAUGUAAGACAUAUGACAUUGACAAUGUCCAUGUAGUUUCCAUAGAACAAUGAUUUGGGUUGUAUGCUUUAUUUUUACAUCAAUGUAAUGAUCAAACAGCCGAGAUGUUUCGUCUCAGCUUGGCCUGCAUGUUGCUGAUGCACUCUUGCAAUACCUGUUCCAGAGGCCUUGUAUAAAAACACAAAAUAGAGUAGAAAAACAGUUUGGCAUUAGCCCGAUCGUAAGAGAAUCAGACAUAUUGUUGAUGAAUUGUAAAACCUCCACAUUCAAAAUAAUGACAGCUUUACAAUGUAUACAGGAAAUAAACAAGCUUUAAUACUUAUUAUCACAAUAUGCAAAGCUAGUCUUGCACAUCCGCAAUGAACAGUAUGUACAUUCAGUAUAAGCCAUAAAUGACCUUGCAUGAGUACAGCACAUAGCCAUAUUAUGCAUAUGUUGAAUAUUGGCUGUACCUCGUAGUAAAGAUUUAGUACUAGCAAUGAUCAGUUUUUACAGAAAACAGUCUUAUGAAGGUAAAAAAUGAAGAAUGUCGUGUCUGAAAGUGCAAUAACUGUUUCUUCGCAUCGUCAGGGCUUUAAGGUUCUUAUCCUGGCCAUUAACUGUGUCUUCCAGUGUGAAAAAAUAAAAACAAGGCAUUGUAGCCUA